CUCACCCAGUGAGAGAGAACGAGGCGGGGAGCCGAGAGUAUGUAACCUGCCUACAAAUUAACACCGCAAUCAUAAACUCUAGCGGCGAGUUUCCUCAUGUUUCUCUCUCGUGUCCUCGAGGUUUGCUUUACUGUCGAUACUUAUCUUGCCGUCUAUUCCUGAUCAUUAUUCCGCGUCAAGCAGCCGUCUACUUCUGAGCGACUUCGAUAGCUCACAGAAUACGGAGCCCGGCGAACAAGCCCGCACAGCUCUUUCCCGAAUAACUGGAUCUUCGGCUGCCAGACCGGAGAGCCAAGGUGUCAAAUUCAAUACGGACAUACCAAGAGAUGGAUAAUUCUGCGCCCACGAUGACUGUGGGAUAACUGUGCAAAAUGACACGUUUAUCUGAUGACCGAAAAAGCAAAAGCGGCUUGGCGUUUUAAAUCUUACAAACUCGAAGAUGGACAAUUACUUUUCCCCUAUUUUAUCAGUAUGAUAAGAUCGUCAUAGCAGAGUGGGAGUUUGUUCAAAUAUUCCCGACAGACACACAGCAUUAUAGGACUAACACAAAGCAACCGAUGUAAAGACUAAUUUAGGAAUCACAGAUGAUCAUUUUUGACCUUUAAUGUUAAUCCAGGGACCGUUCUAGUACGACUAAUAGGCGACGUGGAUCUCAAUCAAGCCAAGAGGAGCAGCGAAGAACGCAUGCUUUGGGCAUGGUGCCUACGCCCCAGGUGUGCGUAUCAACCCUGGUCACGGUGAGCACCAUGGCAGUGGUCGACCUCUACCUGCUGGAACAGAGCAUGCUGGGAGCCCGUGGCAAGGCCGGGCCCGGCGUGUGGCCGUGCGCCGCUGUGUUGCUAGGUGACCUGGGCUUCCUGCUGGCUCUGCGUUUCGUGUCGGCGGGAGUGGUGUCUGAAGCGCACUCGCCUCGCCGAGGCUUUGCCAACGCACUCUGGUUCCUCUUCCUGUCCCUGCUCCAGCUCAAACUCUUCUUCGUCUGCCAGAACUACCGAAUGGAACGCCGACCGCCCGACCCCCUGGCCAGGAAGACGCUCACCUUGCUGCUGUCAGUCUGCCUGCCCUCCCUGUUCCUCAUCCUGACUGGGGCUGACAACAUGACGCCCCUGCGAAGGAAACAGGAAGUGCGGGGGAGGCUGCUCUGGGUGGUGGUGGACCUGCUGGAUGUUCUGGACCUGCAGGCAGGGCUGUGGGAAGCCCACACAGGGGCCACUGACCUGGGGGUACCCCUGUGGGCCGAAGGCCUGGUGUUCUUCUAUUGUUACGCCCUGCUGCUGCUGCUGCCCUGCGUGGCCCUCACAGAGCUGGGGGCCGCAGCCCUGCCGGGACAGAGGGGGCCCCGUAAGGAGGCCCUGUACCCCUGGCUUAGCCUGGUCACCAUCAACGUGUUCACAAUGGCCCUCAGGGGCACAGGCAUGCUGUGGUACAGGGACCCCCGGGUCUCGACAGUGUUCCUGGGGAAGAACCUGCUGGCCCUGGCUGUGAAGCUGAGCUCUGCCUGGGAGAGGCACAAGCAAGGUGGGAGCAGGGGGACAGGGAUGGGGGCCGGGGCGGGAGUAGAGUCAAGUAUGGACUCCACCCUGGCAACCCAGAGCUCAGAGCAGACAGAAGUCCAAGCCCAAGGCAAAACCACCCCCAGGCCGCCCUCUCGCAACCACGCAAUGUCCCGCUCCCACAGCCACGGCCACUCCGUGUCACACAUCAGUCUGGAUCCCACAGAGACCUCUCUGGGCCCUUCCUUCAUCUCCCAUGAACUCUAGAAACUGUCCAGACAGACAGCUUAACAGCUGAAGUCGAGCUAUCGGAACUCCCCAGUUAGGGAAGCAUUUAGCACUGAAGAGUGAAGACCGUUGGCCUCACACAGACCAACUAAAAACAACACGUACACCCCAUGCUCUGUGGACCAGCCAAGGCAAUCACAUCAGUAACUCAUUCAAUUAGCUCACUUUGGUUAAAGGGAUGAUUUAUCCACCCCUGGGUCCUGGCAGCCUGUAGUAUUUGGUUAUCCGAGGGAGAGAGAAGGCUCAGGGCUGGGGCAGAGUGAGAGAUGUACAGCGAAGAAGUGUCUCGCUUUUCAAGGAGCUACAAUCCUCAGUACUGGUUCCACACAGACAUGAUUUGCGUCAUAUGGGACUCAGACAUAAUACCAUGGUAUGAGUCAGUGUGUGUACUGUGAAAGCUCUUCCACAGCUCUUGUCAGCUACACCUCCAGGACAGCUUCUAAACUUUAAUAAAGUGUUUCAUACUCACAGGCUCGGACACUUUAUUGGCCAUGUGUGGGAGGGUAUUGGCAGCCUGUCACCACAACAUUGGAGAAGACAGGAUCAGAGGCUGACCAUUCACAGUUAGAGGGCCUCAGGGGUAUACUAGAUGUCACUAACUUUCAAAACAUCCACUGCAUCAAAGCAAAUGUGUUUACCCUUUACAUAUUCAGUGAAAACUUCAGCAUUUCUUUGUUGAAGAUACAGGCCGAUGUUAUGGAUCGGGAGCUGCUGGGGUGAAGCCCUCCACACAUCUGAAGCAGGCAGUGCAAUGUGAGAAGCGAGAGUGACAGACAGCGGAACAGCUAUCAUUUAUCACAAUUAGACCAGCAGCACCAGCCUGAUAGGCAUGCAGUGAUCCUUCAGCCAGCCGUCUGGCUGCUGGUCCGGCUUUAAGGUUUCAACAGUAGAGCCUGCAGAUGUGCUAAAGUUUGUGUGUGUGUGUGUGCUGAGCGAUUAAUCAUCAUAUUUUAUUUUUUUCAAUUAUUAAACAACUAA